AGCAAGCUCACCAUGCUGCUGCGGGAGUCCCUGGGGAACAUGAACUGUCGCACCACCAUGAUCGCUCACAUCUCGGCCGCGCCCGGGAACUACGUGGAAACCCUGUCCACCAUCCAGAUCGCCUCGAGAGUCCUGAGGAUGAAGAAAAAGAAAACUAAGUACACGUCCAGCUCAUCUGGGGGAGAAAGCUCCUGUGAGGAAGGCAGGAUGCGCAGGCCCACUCAGCUGAGACCCUUCCACGCCAGGGCCCCGGUGGACCCUGACUUCCCCAUCGCGCACCUGUCCAGCGAUCCCGACUACUCCUCCAGCAGCGAGCAGUCCUGUGACACCGUCAUCUACAUCGGGCCUAAUGGCACGGCCCUCUCUGACAAGGAGCUCACCGACAACGAGGGCCCCCCCGACUUCGUCCCGAUUGUGCCAGCCCUGCAGAAGACCAGGGGUGACAGCCGGCCUGCAGAGGCAGGGGAGGCUGCAGCCAGCGCCUCUGAAAGGGACUGCUUGAAGUGCAACACGUUUGCCGAGUUGCAAGAGAGACUGGAUUGCAUCGACGGCAGUGAAGAGCCCAGUAAGUUUCCUUUUGAAGAGCUGCCUGUCCAGUUUGGGGCACAGCCGGUGAGCCCAUGCCCCUCAUUGAGCCUGGUGGCUGGGGUGGACCCGCUCUCUGAGUCUGAUAAAGAAGAGAAUGGGUCAGAUGGCCAGCUGAGUGACCGAGAAGGCACGGACCCCCCGGCCUCCAAGACGCAGAGGAGCCACUCACCCAUGCCAGCCAUGGAGCUUGACAGCAGCCCCACCCCUGCCUCGCCCAGGAGCAUCCAGGGUAGCAGCAGCCAGCCCAGCACGUCCCAGCUCAUGCAGAGCCCGAGCCUGCAAAGCAGCAGGGAGAGCCUGAACUCCUGCAGCUUUGUGGAAGGCAAACCCCGGCCCAUGGGCUCCCCGCGGCUGGGCAUCGCCAGCCUGUCCAAGACCUCCGAGUACAAACCACCCAGCUCUCCUUCCCAGAGAUGCAAAGUCUACACCCAGAAGGGAGUCCUGCCGUCUCCUGCCCCUCUGCCUCCUUUGAGCAAGGAUUCGGGCCUGGUAUCUAGCGAGUCCUUGCUGCAGGCCGAGGUGCGUACCCCCCCGGUUGGCAUGAGCCCCCAGGUUUUGAAGAAAUCCAUGUCUGCUGGAAGUGAGGGGUUCCCAGAAACAGCCGUCGAGGAGGAGCAUCAGGCAGCCGUUCCUCCCGAUGGCAAGAAAGAGAUCCUGAGCACCACGAUGGUGACCGUGCAGCAGCCGCUGGAGCUGAACGGCGAGGACGAGCUGGUGUUCACGCUGGUGGAGGAACUGACCAUCAGCGGCGUCCUGGGCAGCGGCCGCCCCACCAGCAUCAUCAGUUUCAACAGCGACUGCUCCGUGCAGGCCUUGGCCUCGGGCUCCCGGCCCGUGAGCAUUAUCAGCAGCGUCAGCGAGGACCUGGAGGGCUACUCCAGCGUGGCCCCGGUGUCCGAGGUCAGCAUCACGCAGUUCCUGCCCCUGCCCAAGCUGAGCCUGGACGAGCAGGCCCGGGAGGCGGGCAGCAGACGCUCUUCCAUCAGCUCCUGGCUGAGCGAGAUGAGCACGAGCAGCGACGGGGAACAGUCGUGCCACAGUUUCAUCGCCCAGACGUGCUUCGGGCACGGGGAGGCGAUGGCGGACCCUCCGGCCUCGGAGUGUGUCGGUGGCAUCCCGAACACCGCUGUGGUUUGCAGAGAGAAGCCCACAGCGGGCCCCGACAACCUGUUCAUCUUGUCUGAAGUUGGGGACGACUCUUUCAACAAAGCCACCCCCAUCAAAGGCUGCAAAAUAUCCACGCUGGGCAAGGCCAUGGUCACCAUCUCCAACACAGCAAAUCUGAGCGGCUGCGAAGGGUAUAUCCCCAUGAAGACCAACAUCACGGUUUACCCCUGCAUCGCCAUGAGCCCCCAGAAUGUCCAAGAGCCAGAGGCGUCCGCUGUCACCCCCAGAGCGGCCCCCAAGGCAGCCCAGUCCCAGGACAGUAAGGAGACGGGUGCCAAGAAAGAGAUGAAGUUUGAGGACCCCUGGCUAAAACGAGAAGAGGAGGUCAAAAAAGAGAACGCUUAUCCCAAUGACGAAGGGAUUAGGUAUGAGACGGCGACAGGUCCCACCAAGCCUGAGGCCAGACCGGAGCUGGAGCAAGACAGGAAAACCAGCCCGGGUGACAGGCUCAGCAGCAGCAGCGGGGAGGUGUCUGCCUCCCCCGUGAGUGACACCUUCAGGCGGGUUGUGGAUGGGUGUGAGAUGGCCCUGCCCAGCUUGGCGACCCAGAGCCCCGUGCACACCCACAGAAGCCUGAAGUCAAGCAGCCUCCCUCGGGCCUUCCAGAAAGCCAGCAGGCAGGAGGAGCUAGACGGCCUCUUCUACCACUGCGCUGCAGAGACCAACGGGGUUGGCACAGCCACGGGCACCCAGCCCUCCAAGGCGACCCUGGAGAGGAAAGUGGCUUCCCCCAAGCACUGUGUCCUGGCUCGGCCCAAAGGGACUCCCCCUCUGCCCCCUGUCCGGAAGUCCAGCUUGGACCAGAAGAACCGCGCCAGCCCCCAGCACGGAGGCAGCACCAGCAGCUCCUUGAACCCACCAGCCCCUUUCUCGGCCACCUUCCCAGAUGAGCCUGGUGGCAGGGUGAAGGACACCGGCAGCAGCAGCAAGCUCUUCAGCGCCAAGCUGGAGCAGCUGGCCAGCAGGACCAACUCCCUGGGCAGGGCCACCGUCAGCCACUACGAAUGCCUGUCGCUGGAGAGGGCAGAGAGCCUGUCCUGCGUGAGCUCCCGGCUACACGCCGGCAAGGACAGCACCAUGCCCCGUGCCGGGAGGAGCCCGGGUCGCAGCGCAGGGGCCCCGCCCCCCCACGGUGGCCCCACGGCGUCCGCGGGGGCCUCGCCCAAGGCCACCCAGUCCAAGAUCUCGGCAGUGAGCAAGCUCCUCCUGGCCAGUCCCAAGGCGCGCAGCCUGUCGGCCGCCACCACCAAGACCCUCAGCUUCUCCACCAAGUCCCUGCCGCAGUCGGUGGGCCAGAGCUGCCACCUGCCCCCGAGCGGGAAGCACAUGACCUGGUCGACGCAGUCGCUCAGCAGGAGCCGAGGUUCGGGCCUGGCUUCCAAGCUGCCCCUGCGAGCCGUGAACGGGCGCAUCUCGGAGCUUCUGCAGGGGAGCGCGGGUGGCCGGGGAGGGCCACCGCCGUCGCCCUACAGCAAGGUGACGCCGCCGCGGAAGCCGCACCGCUGCAGCAGUGGGCACGCCAGCGACAACAGCAGCGUGCUGAGCGGGGAGCUGCCCCCGGCCAUGGGCAAGACAGCGCUUUUCUACCACAGCGGGGGCAGCAGCGGCUACGAGAGCAUGAUUCGCGACAGCGAAGCCACCGGCAGCGCGUCCUCCACCCAGGACUCCACGAGCGAUAACAGCAGCUCGGUCGGCGGCCGGGGUCGCAGCCUCAAAGCCCCCAAGAAGCGGUCCAAUUCAGGUUCUCAGCGACGGAGGCUCAUCCCAGCACUGUCCCUCGAUACCUCCUCCCCCGUGAGAAAACCCACCAGCAGCGCCGGGGUCCGCUGGGUGGACGGCCCCUUGCGGAGCACCCCGAGGGGCCUCGGGGAACCUUUUGAGAUUAAAGUCUAUGAAAUCGAUGACUUGGAGCGCCUGCAGCGGCGGCGAGGGGGCACCAGCAAGGAGGUCAUGUGCUUCAAUGCAAAACUGAAAAUUCUGGAGCAUCGCCAGCAGCGCAUUGCUGAGGUUCGAGCCAAGUAUGAGUGGCUGAUGAAAGAGCUGGAGACCACCAAGCAGUAUCUGAUGCUGGAUCCCAACAAAUGGCUCAGUGAAUUUGACCUGGCGCAGGUCUUGGAGCUGGAUUCCCUGGAGUACUUGGAGGCGCUCGAGUGCGUGACAGAGCGCCUGGAGAGCCGUGUCAACUUCUGCAAGGCCCACCUCAUGAUGAUCACCUGCUUCGACGUCACCUGCAGGCGCCGAUAA